AUGGCCCAUCUGCCUGAGUCGCAGCUGCUUUUGAACGACAUGGACGACCCAUUCACCCACGAAAACCGCUCGGUAGACCUCUUGCUUCAGCAAAUGGACCCUGAAGCACUUGCUGCUGACUGUGAUACCUCCUUUUCGGCUACGACGUCGCCUACAAAACCACUCAAUUUCCCGCAAAUGGGACCUUCCAAGCGUAAUUUGUCCCUGGGCUCCCAUUCACCUAACGAUACAGAAGCUCUUGAUUUGGCUAGGAAAGAGUUCAACUCCAGCUCAGAUACCUACGUUAGUGAAAACAGCGACCGCAACAACGACAACGUUGACUCCUUUGACCGUAACUUUGCCACGGACGCCAACUUCAACAAGACCAUCAGCCUGUAUUUUGAUCCUACCCAGAUGGCUAGCCAGAUGACCUUGGGCCACCCUGAGGACGACUACGAACGUGCUCCUUCUCCUUCCAGAUCCAUUAUGAAAACAUCCACGACGCCGGCUGCUUCUCCCAGGAAAACUGUUGCUUUUCCAGAUGCUGAUUUGGAGGUGCACCACCAUUAUCCAGCUGGCGAAAACGAGCUGAGCUCUCGAAUCGAAGAAGACUUGCCUCCUCAGAUGGCUCAUACGUGGGCUGAAGUGCCCAAGGGCGCUUCGGAAAAGCUGGUCUCUUCUUCGCCUCCCGUGCCUCCUCCACAUAAAUCUGAUACUAUCACGUCGCUUCUAGGCUCUUCCCAGCCUCAGGAUGAUUCCACUCACCUGGACGAUGUGGACGUUUCGACGCUAUCUCAGUACCGUGUGAAUCAUAAGAACUUCAGUAAGAUGUCGCUCCAUGAAAAAUUGGACCUCUAUUUGGGCCAGAGACAGCAUGACGACCUUGACACUCACAUGGACCAUUUGGAUAAAUUGCAGUAUGCUACUAAUAACGAAACCGACCUGAACAUUCACAAUCUUUCACAUCAUAUGGAAUUGAACCAUCCAACCAUGGAGAACCCAUUGAACAUGCUUGCUGACUCGAAGGAAGUGCAAUUGCGCUCCGCUGGCUCGUCGCAGUCGUCGCUUCCUUCUCUUGCGGCUUCCAAUCGUUAUUUGGAAGCUGACUCGGUUGCACAUCAAAGCCCUGGCCUUUCGCUUAAUGACGGUAUUAAGGGUUUUCCUGAUCAUAUGGCUGAUGUUUUGUUCCCAACGACUGUCAAGGCUCAGGAUUCUGACGAGUCUGGCCAUCUCACGUUUGGCACGAAACCUCAUGAGGGCUAUGAGGAAGAGCAUUCUGACCUCUCUGAAGACUUCCAGGAUUCGUUCGACCACUCUUACAACCUGACGAAGCAGUCUAUCAUGGACCUUCUUAACUCGGCUUCUAACCACGAAAUUAAUGAAACCAGAGCCGCUCCAGAAGCUCCUGUAGAGGCUGAGUCUCCUAUUGAAACAGAGGCUCCUUUGGAAGUGGAAGCUCCUUUGCAGGUGGAAACAAACGCUGACGAAAGCUCCAACCAAUCUGUCAAGCAGGAAGAGCAUCUGAUGGUGAGGGAGGACUCUGAUGUCUCUAUCAAGGAAGAAGAGGACUCUUUUGUCAAGCCGGAACAAAACUCCUAUGUCAGGGAAGAGGCUGGUCUCUCCCAGAUCGCAGAGGAUGAGGAGAAUGAAGCAUACCUGGCAACAGGAAGUCCCGCCGUUAAGCAAGAAGAACCUUCCUUUUCGGAAGAAGAGGCUCUUGUUAAAGGAGAACCAGAAGUGUCGCACGUCGCCGAACCUGAAGAGUCUGACGAUGAGAGAUCUAUCUCUCCAGAAAGCGCUUACGAAGAAGCAUACCAGUACAAGGUUGAGCCUAACGACGAGGUUGCUUCUGAACCAUCAGAGCCUGUUGAAGUACAAGAAGAUCCAGUUGCAACGCGACAGGUCGAAGAGGAGAAUCCAUCUGACGAAGUCAAUUCCACCGUUGAGAAUCCGGAAAACCCUGAAACUAGUACUUCACCAAAACAGGAGAGUACAGAAGAAGAGGAGAUCCUUAACCAACAAGCCGUGGGUUAUGAUGGCACUGUUUCGCUGCUUGAGACGAGAGAUUUCAGCAAAAUCGCUAUGAUGGAUAGCCUGGAUCACGCCGCCCCACAAGUUGGCAUUGCAUCGAGAGGCGUCAAAGCUCGUCCACAUCAAGUCAAACUCGUGAAGUCGCCAAUUAACCUGUUGAUGACAACUCCUACUGUUUCGCCACUUGACAUCAAGUUUGGUUCUGAAGAUGCCAAUGUUAAGGAUUCUGGUAUUGAAGGUGAUGACGAAGACACCGAGGAGCUCAAGGAGAAGCUUGUGACGACUCACCACACCAACAGAUUCUCCAAGGUCAUGCAAAAUGCGUCAGUGACAUCAUCUGUUGAUAACUUUGAAGACUCGUCUGAGAUUCCUUUGGGAAGAUCUCUUGCACCAACCAAGGUUAACGAAGUCAUUGAUGCAACACAUCCACCAGCUGAUAUUAACGUGAAGAAGAGAGGACUGGCAGUUGAGCAUGAAGGUGAUUCUAGCGUUCUUGCAAACUCUUCGAAUGUGAAUCCACCAAAUGAUAUCAAGUUACCUGAAGUUGAAACCAACGACGCCUCUUUUGCAGACUUGACAGCAAAGUACAGGGUUUCUUCUGGUGGCUCUGCCAAUUCUGUUUCUUUUGAAGAGUCUCUUUCAGCUGAGCACGAUAAGGAUACAGCAGCUCUUGACUUCAUCUCGAUUUGGCAUACACAGAGGAAGCAGCGUCAAAACAGAGGCCCACCAGCUACGUCACAAUUCUACAACGUUCCUUCUGUUCUGAGCUAUAACACUGCUGAUUUGUCUCAGUACGACAAGUACCGCAUUCCAUCCAGAUUGCAGCCCAAGAAGUUUAGAGAAAUCAAUCUUGUCUCUAAGAAAGUUGUCAGUCCUGAUCAUGUUGACCUUAACGUAUCUGGUUUCUUGCCAGAGAUUUCUCAGCUUUCCGGCUUGGAAGGUCAGUUGGAUGGCUUUAUGAAGAACGAUGAUACGACGAUGAACUCUUUGAGAGUGUGCAGCAAUGGCUCAAAGGCUCCACAAACGGAUAAUGUUUUGGGCCAGGGUCUCAGCAGAACUCCUUCAGCAUACGGAACAUUGAGACCGGUCAGGGUUUACAGCCGCGAGAUCAUUCCACCGCAACAGGCCCCAGCAGGUCCUAAGAAGUCGAGAUUCCAUGUUCCUUCGUUCGAGAUUAAGCGUUCUAAUUCUAUCUUGUCGCCAAAGAACCAGUAUAAUGACAUCUUUGAAGACACUCAACCUACUAUCAGAGCCAGUGGCAUGAAGACUUUGCCAAGUAUGGACAGAGACGAUGUGAAGAGAAUCAUGCAAAUGAAGAACACUAUGACCCAGGAGGAAUAUUCUAACCUCAAGUUUGGUGGUGCUAACCAGAAGAUUGUUCAGGGCGAGGCCGGUAACUUCGACCAUGUCCAACAGAAAGCUUCGAUCCACUCUUCGAUGUUCUCUAUGGCCCCUAAUACUGCUGAGAACCGUAUCAAGCUCGAGCAUGUCUCCAAUGAACUUUCUGCGAAGCCAGUUGCUCUCGAUGUGGAUCACGAAACGUUCUCCAAGACCUUGGAGGCUAACACCACCGUCGACCCAAGCAAACUCCAGAAAGCUGCUGAAGUCAGUGAGCAGUCUUUCUUGCCUGACCCUGAGCCAGAAUACGUCGGAUUCCCAGAAUCUAACGAAGCCAACGAAGAGAAGGAUGCCCAGCCAAAUCUUGUGCCAUUGACUGAGACUGACCAGAACAAGCUUAAUGUGAUUCCUGGAGCCUUCAACGUGCUGAGCCCAAGUACUCCAAAGCAAAGCGAGAAGAAGUCUCCCGUCAAGGUCAUAAUCUCGCCUUACAAGGACGACCAAGAGAGACCAAGAUCUCCGAUCAAGGUUAACAGUUCUCCUAUCAAGUUGGUCAGAAACGGUUCUGAGGUUACUGGUGUUAAGCUUGAGCAGAAGCACAAGCCUCAGGAAUCUUUUGAUGGUACUCAGAUUGUCAACAACAAGUUGAGAGAAGGUAAGGGUCACAACUUUGCACUCAGCACUGUCUCUGUUCCAACGUUGAAGGGCGAUGUGGAGUCUGAACACAAAUCUGUGACUCCAGAAAUUCUCGAAGACAAUGCUCCACAAGUUGCAGCAGAACCUGUCAGUCAAAGCAGAGCUGCUUCUGCAUCCCAGGAGCCACCCAAGGAGCGUGGUAAGUUGUUCUUGCGUGUCAUGGGAAUGAAGAACAUCACUCUUCCUGAUCUCAACGAAAGAAAUGCUCUGUUCAACAUUACCUUAGACAAUGGAGUCCACUGCAUCAAGACGCCUAACUAUAAGAUGUCCAAGUCUGCUGUUUACGUCGGCAAGGAAUUUGAGUUGACUGUUGGCGAAUCCUUGGAGUUUAUUUUGACCAUGAAGGCAAGCUACAACAAGCCAAGAGAGACGAUGAAGGAAAUCAAGGAAAGAAGAGUGGUUAGAUCCUCUAACAAGAUCGGACGUAUGUUUGGAUCAAAGGAGAUCGUCACAACCACCAAGUUCGUUCCACAGGAAGUCAAGGACCCAUGGUCUAAUGUUAUUGCCAACGACGGCUCCUUCGCCAGAUGCUACGUUGAUGUGGACCAAUACGUCGAUCAGAUCACCGGAUCUGCCAGCAACUUCAACCUCAACUGUUUCAACGAAUGGGCAACUAAGAGCGGCAACGGCGCCAGAUAUGAACCUUACAGCAUUGCCCAGCUUGAAGUGAAGAUGCUUUUCGUCCCACGCACUGAACCUUACGAGAUCUUGCCCACCAGCAUCAAAACCGCUUACGAAAGCCUUGAUGAUUUGCGUGCUGAGAGAUCUAUGCGUCUUGAAGGAUACUUGCACCAAGAAGGUGGAGACUGUGAAUCAUGGAAAAAGAGAUUCUUCAAGCUUUCUGGUACCAACAUGAUUGCCCACUCUGAGUUCUCCCAUAAGACAAGAGCAAAAAUUAACUUGGCCAAGGUUGUGGAAGUUAUCUACGUCGACAAGGAGAACAUGAACAGAUCGUCGUCGAACUACAGAAACUUCAGUGAUAUCUUACUUGUUGAGAACGCUUUCAAGAUACGUUUUGCCAAUGGAGAGAUCAUUGACUUUGGCGCCCCCAACAAGGACGAAAAAAUCAAGUGGAUCACCGCCAUCCAGGACAUUGUCUACAGAAACAAGUUCAGAAGACAACCUUGGGUGAAAAUCAUGCAAAAGCACAAUGUGGGCAAACCUAGGCCCAGAUCCAUCAUGUCUUUUGCAAGUUAA